AUGGGAGCAUUCAAGGCGCUGGCGUUUCUGGCCCAUUUGGGACUUGUGGCAGCCCAGACCGCCAUCACAGUCAACCUCGGGACAACGUACCAACAAAUCGAUGGAUUUGGCUUCUCACAGGCCUUCGGUCGCGCAAAAGAGUUUCAGAACCUUGGAACCUCACCGGCCAAGCAGCAGGGACUAGACUACUUGUUCAAUACCACCACCGGGGCCGGCUUCACCAUCAUCCGCAACCGUAUUGGCUCAGGCGGAUCCGGCGAUAGCAUCCUGCCCACUAGCCCCGGCUCGCCGAGCGGCACUCCCACCUACGUCUGGGACAAUGACGAUUCCGGGCAGGUAUGGCUGAGCCAGCAGGCCAUGAGCUACGGCGUCAAGACCAUCUAUGCUGACGCCUGGAGCGCUCCUGGAUUUAUGAAGACCAACAACGACCAGAGCAAUGGGGGUUACCUCUGUGGGACGACGGGGCACUCUUGCAGCUCCGGGGACUGGAGACAGGCAUAUGCGAACUUCCUUAUCAAGUACGUGCAGUACUACAAGGACGCCGGUAUUCCAAUCACGCACCUUGGCUUUCUUAACGAACCGGACUACACAGUGAGCUACUCGUCGAUGCUGAUCAGCGUCUCGAACCCCGUCGAGGUGACUUCUUUCCUGCCCACCCUCUCCUCGACGCUGCAGAAGGCAGGGCUGGACACCCAGGUCAAGAUCGCAUGCUGCGACACGAUCGGCUGGGCCAACGCAAAGACGGUGGUCAAUGCCCUCGUCUCCGCCGGCAUGGAGAAGUACCUAGGGCUGCUGACCAGCCACAUGUAUACUGGUGACCCGAAUUCGGCCAUCACAAGCUCAACGCGGCCCGCAUGGAUGACCGAGGGCGCAGAUCUCAAGAGCGCCUGGUGCACGACUUGGUACUCGAAUGGUGGUGCCUGCGAGGGACUUACAUGGGCGAACAAGGUUGCCACCGGAAUUCUGAGUGCGAAUCUCUCUGGCUAUAUCUACUGGCAAGGGCUCGAAGUCAACCAAGGCCAGGCAUCCAGCUAUCUAGUUGCUGUUCUUGAUGGUAAAACUGCAAUACCCUCCGGACGACUUUGGGCACUGGCUAUGUGGUCGCGCUUUGUGCGGCCAGGAGCUGUCCGCGUCGGCACAUCGGGGACCAUCUCGAGCGUCGCGAUCGGGGCCUUCAAGAACACAGACGGUUCCGUCGCCGUGGUUUUCACGAACUCGGGCGGCUCAGCCCAGUCUGCUAAGGUCUCCUUCAAUGGCUUCACCCCCUCAGCGGCAUCGGCCUGGCUCACCGAUAACUCUCACUCUGUCGCUUCGACGGCCGCUACGCUGUCCGGCGGUGCUGUGACGGUCUCGCUUCCGGCUCGUUCUAUUGUGACGGUGAAGCUCACAUAG